CCGAGGGUGCCGGCCUGUUGUCCAUGGCUGCGGGGUUAAUGCGGCGGUAUCGGGACGCUGGGGUGGAUCCGCCUCAGCUCCUCUACGUCGACCGGGACUGUUGUUCGUCCCACGGGGGAUCCAAGACAGCUGACAUGUUCGGGAAGUGGGACAAGCUGGUGGUCCGGCUGGACAUCUGGCACCUGAUGCGGCGGUUCGCGUCAGGUGUCACCACCGAGAGCCACCAGCUGUAUAAACCCUUCCUGCAGCAGCUGUCUUCGUGCAUCUUCCUGUGGGACCCAGAGGACGCAGCCCGGUUGCUCAAGGCGAAGAAGAGGAUGCUUGAGGCGCAGGGGAUGACCUUCUCGUCCGACGCCGGAGCGUGGAGGCACGUCAGCCGCAAGAAUAUGGCUCUCCAUUGCCGUCGCCGCACGCGUGGAGCGGCGGAGACGGAGCGGCUGAUCGGUGACCUCCUGGAAACCUUCGGCGGUGCCAACGGACGAGACACCAUGGGGAUUUCCCUGCUGGACCAGGACCGCAUCCAGAAGAUCUGGAGGGAGCACCAGCGCCACCUCCAUUGCAUCCAGGACCCGCCGGGCGUGGAGCUGUACACUGAGACCGGCAGGGUGACCAAGGGGGGGAUCAGCCUGCCGGUGUACCGUUGUGCACGAGGCUCCACGUCCCUGGAGUCGUUCCACCUGCAUCUCAACCGCUUCAUUCCAGGAGAAAGUGCCAAUCCCUGGCACUUCCAGGCUUUUCUCCUGGAGGGGUUGACGCGGUGGAACGCGGACAGGGCGGCGUCCGUGGCACAGGAGGGACGGCCGCUGCUCCGCUCCUACAAUGGCCCCUGCAGCACUCCCUUGACCAGCUCAGCCAAAGGGUGCUUGGCAUGAGUGUGGUCAAGGAUUACACCAAGCCCAGGGAGUACACUGGGGAACUCAUCGGCAUCGAGUACCUGUACUCCCAGACGGGCAGAGUGCUGCAGGACGUCAGCUUGGACCCUGACAUUCCGGACGCGCGGGGGGGACGUUCCCCAACUCGUUGAGGAUGACGAGCUCGCCGACGGCC